AUGGCUCCAUUCUACAAGACCGCAGCAGCAUUUUGCCUGGUCGGACUCUUUGGGCUCCAAUCCGCGGCAGCCGAGACCCCGAAGUACAAAUUUGAGGUAGUACAGGUGAAAGAUGACGCCUACUUAACGGCAAAGCUGGCCCGUAAUGGAAAAAUUUCGGCUAAGACAAAUACAGUCGAAAAGGACACUGCAACCGUCACCGCCUUGGAGGGAAAGGUAAAGAGCGAAAAGACGGUCGAUGAGGCGACGUGCGAGACACUGAUAGAGGAAACGCAUAAGAAGAUCUUCUAUCACACUUUCAGUUACGCGGCUGAUCCAGACUACCGUGCACUGGUGCAGGAGGCUCUCCAAAGCGGGCUGGCAGAAUUCAGCGACACAUAUCCGAACGACACAAAGGCGUGGACAGAUAUAUGGAAGAAGGAAAAGGCUCGCAACGUCAUGCACCUUCUCGGAGCCGAGAGCACUAAAAUUGGCUGCAUUGUUGCAAAUUGUGUCAAAACGCAAUCUGCGGUAGACACGUACUCAAAGUCAGGACCAGACGUACCAACAACGUCUGUGCUUUUCUGUGAAUUAGCUCCUCCAGCAACAGAGAACGAGGCCGCCUUCAGGUAA